UCUGGAAGUGGUGCGUGGCAGCCACCUCUCACUUGGGGAGGGUGAGAAACAAGGAGGUUACAAAGUUUUCCAAGAAAAUUCGUUUCCAGAAAUUGCUAGAUUGUUACUUUUUCCCCCCACAAGGCUCUGUGACUCAGAAAAGGGUUUUUCUGUCUUUCAAUGAGGGAAUCAGCAUUUCUUUUACAGUGUGCAUGGAAGUGGUGGCAUCUUUUCCCUCAAGAGCUGCUGUAGCUGGCAUUAGGAGCUGGAUUAUUUGCAGGCAAAGUUCCAUCAUGCUGUUUCCAGGCUCUGUAAUGCUGGUAAGAGCAAGAAAUGGGGAACAGGUUUUUCUGCCUUCUGUUCUUAGUUCUGCCACAGCAUCCCCGGGCCAAGUCACCUCCCUGUGGGUUUUUUUUAAUGUGCUAAAUUAGGAUAACAAUUUAUCUUUUGAUUGUCAUUUGUUGUUAGGGUCAGGGGAAGAGUUGCCCUGAGGCAAGUGCUCCUGGAGAAAGGGCUGGUGGUGAGCUGGGAUCUCAGCUCUGCAUCUCACGGGCAUGUGGCAGUGACAGGGACAAUGCAGAUAGCAGUGCUACAGCACUUUCUGCUGGCCCAGAGACCAGUCCCACUGCUGGGACAGCUUUUGGGGCAAGGAAGAGGUAUUGUUAACUGCCGACCAGGAGUGGAGGAACACACUCCAAGCAGCCUGUGGUCAGUGCCAGCAGAGCAUGAGCCUUUUUAAGCCUCUCAGGGCAAAGCAGCUCCAGCUCUGACCAGCCUUCCAGUACUUGGUUUUUAACAGAUUUAAACCCAGUAUCUCCACUGUGUUGACCUGCACUCCUGGGAUAGGUUCAAGAGGGAUUGAAGCAACACUAGGAACAAGACUCCAUAACCCCCAGCAGGCUUCCAGGUGGUCUGAUGUGCAUUUUCCAGACAGAGGAUAUAACUGCACAGCUGCAGCUCUGUCCCCAUGUUACCCUACAGAGAAAGCCAGGCGUGUUGGCAUCCACAGUGAGAUGCACUGCUGGAUGCAGAGACCCAGAUCCAAACACCCUGAAAGCCUGGAGCUGUUUGGACACACCAGCUGAGGGUCCAAGACCAUAUCUAAGUACUGGUGGCCAGAAGUUUUACCUCUUCCCUCUGAACCAUCCAGGUUUGUGCAAGCUGGUGGCCUCUUCUACCCAACGUUAUUUCCCAAACAGAAUCCAGCUAACCAGGAGAGGCACAGAGAGUGCCUACAAUUUCUUGGAGUGAAGAAACAGCAUGUUACUGGAGUGUCCCAAGCCUUUGCUUCCUCAGUCUCUGCAGGUCUGGCACAUGGAGAGCCCAGAGGCACUGAAGUAUCCCACUCAAGCAGCCAAGUGUUAACAACCUCUCCAAAGUCUAAUUUGCCUUUGAUAUAGACUUAAUUGUUUGCGUCACCCACUGGGCUGGGGGAGGGCUAUAAAAGGGGCUGCAGCCAUUGUCUGAGGCAGAAGAGAGCCCAGGAGCAGCUCCCUCUCCCAGUCUUCCUCGUUCAGCACCAGUCCCAGCCCGUGCAUCAUGCAGCUGGUGGCCAGCCUGGUGUCUGUGCUGCUGCUGGUGUGGAGUGUGAGAGCCACGGCACUGCCUGGGGAAGAGAGACUGGCCAUGCAGAGCACCAGGGAACAGAGCACAGUGCGGAAGGACGCCAUCCUGAAGAUGCUGGCAGGCCUGCUGGACGGCGUGGAUGUGGGGCAUGAGGUGGCCGCCCCGGACCUGGAGGAGGAGGGCAAGCUGGAGGAGGAGCGGGCGAUGCUGGGCCGGCUCGCCCAGCUCUCACAGCGGGAGCGCAAGGCGCCCUGCAAGAACUUCUUCUGGAAAACCUUCACCUCCUGCUAGUGCUGCCCAGCCUGGCCCUGCCAGUCUGCAAACACCCUCCCCACUCCUUGUCUUCCUUGUCCUCCCCAGUCCCCUUGCUGUGCCCUCCACCCCUCAGAAUAAAGCAUGGCGCCUCGG